GUGUCCAAGUGAAGCAAUGGAUCGUGACCGUUGUCUGUUCACACCGUUCCCUUCAUACCCAUGCCGGGCCUCAGAUUCAUGACUACACCUACUACCAUACAGUAAGGUACUUUUAGUCCCACGAUUAUAGGACUCCGGUUUCCCACCUUCCCUUUUCUCUACUGCUCUUCGUCACUGGCAUCCCGCUGGGCCGGAUGGGGCCCGACCUCUACCCGAGAACCAACGAACUUAUGUCAAGAACCCCGCCGCCGUAACCUACCACAUGAACGUCUUCUCCCGUUCUUUAAACUCUGUCCCCAUCUUUUCACUUUCCGCCCCGGCACAGCACUGUAACGAUCUGCCAUUGACUCUGCCCGGCAUUACCUAGUAGCCUGUGGCCCACAGAAGUACAAUCUCGAUACAUAUACAUAUAGUCUAGACACUACACUCGACAACUUGAACCCCUGACGCUCUUCGCCGACUACACCCACCCACCUACCCUUUUUGCUUGCUGUAUAUCCCGUCUGGACGUCUUCGUUUGGUCCGCCCUCUUGACUGGUUACGGCGUUGACGGAAUUUUCCCCUUCGGCCCUUCUUCCGUAUCUAUCAGUCUCGCAUAAUCUUUGGUGGCCUGAUACCGAGUGCUAUCACCUCAGCUAUCUUGGGAAACAUCACGAGCGGAACAGCAACCCGGCCACGGGCGCUUUUGACUCUACCCCUCACAUUCAGUUGCCUUUCCACCUUCACGUUCCUCUUCAACUUAGCCACCAUAGGGACCUUUGUCGAUACCUCCAAACGCAGCUUGUCGGACGACUCGAAAGACGGAAACAUAGCUGCCGCUUUCCGAGUCACUCACUGGUCCGCAUCCAACAUGGCGGCCACCGUCGCCUCGUCACACCCAUUUGGCGGUGGGCUACACCCACUGCAGGCAAAGGGGUUACUUGCAGCCGCCCAGCAGCGCCAACAACAGCAGCAGACGCAAUCGCAACCGCAACUUCAUCCCUGCAUGCUCUCGCAGCACCACUCUUACCAGAACGACCAACGGCGAAAUGACCCAUCACAAACGCAAAAGAAUAAUGAUACGAGUGGUGGAUUCGAGAUGGCCACGCGCAAGCCCCGGCUGAGCGACUUUCACCGUAUAAGGACAUUAGGAACUGGCACCUUUGCUCGUGUGGUACUCGUCCGACCAGCCAAUGGCACCGAAAUUGACCGCCAAAAGGUUUACGCAUUAAAGAUUUUGAGAAAGACGGAAGUGAUCAGACUAAAACAGAUUGACCAUGUGCGCCACGAGCGGCAGAUCCUCCAGGAUGUAACCGGCCACCCGUUCAUCACCAGUCUGCAAGCCUCCUUUUCCGACCACGACUUCCUCUACCUGCUGCUCGACUACAUUCCCGGCGGAGAGCUGUUUACAUACCUGCGCAAAUACCGACGGUUCGACGAGGAGAUGGCACGCUUCUACGCGGCUGAGAUUGUGCUCGUGCUCGAGUACCUCCACGAAGAGCAGGGUGGGAUAGCUUACCGAGAUAUGAAGCCCGAAAAUCUGCUGUUGGAUGCGGAUGGGCACAUCAAGCUGGUCGACUUUGGUUUUGCCAAGCGGCUGGGGUACAAUGACGUUGAACGCCCGGUCGAGACCUACACCCUUUGUGGCACUCCAGAGUAUCUGGCGCCCGAGGUUAUUCAGAAUAAAGGCCACACGACAGCGGUGGACUGGUGGGCGUUGGGGAUCCUGAUAUACGAAUUCCUGACGGGCUAUCCCCCGUUUUACCACAACAAUCCCCUCGAGAUUUACAGACAAAUCGUAGAAAAGCCGGUUUUAUUCCCCUCGUCAACAGAAAUCAGCGAAGAAGCCAAGGACAUCAUCCGGUCCUUCUGCACCGUCGAUCGGACCAUGCGACUCGGCAACAUGAGCGGCGGCGCGGCAAGAGUGAAGGCGCACCCAUGGUUCAAGGGCGUCGACUGGGAGGCUGUGGAGCAAAGACGGCACAAGGGCCCCAUCAUUCCUCACCUAAGUCACCCCGGCGACGCUUCGUGCUUCGACGUCUACCCGGAGCAGGACGUCCACAAUGAGGCGUACACGGAAGAGAUGUUUGAGAAGUACGAAAAGUACUUUGGGGACUUUUAGUGAAAGGGCCUCAGGUCGACGAAGGGAUUUCGCAAGCGCCCAAGUAUUGGUGCUCAGGCGGAUUUCUCAGAAGAUCCUCGGGCUGGGUUACUGGCUCAACGGGGCAGAAGAAUAUCGGAUAUAAUCAAUCGGAUGGGACAUAUGGCGUUACUGCUUAAAGUCACUCGCUUGACAUUGAGGAGACGGGUAUGCUUGACGUUCCAAGUAGCCAGGCCCGUCUCCAGUGUGUCAGGUUGGACCUCGGUCAAAGGCGACAGCACGGUGAUGACAAGGAACGGUUAUAAUUGUAGUUUUUGUCUUUGGUGGAUUUCAUAUCAUGACUCUUCGUCGUUCUCGAGAAUGAGAACUGACUGAAAUGGGAAGAGACGGGCACGGAGUUAUUACAGGACGAUACGGGAAGGGCGUCGCGGGUUUAUGGGUUACUUGAUGCCCUGCUUUUUAUGAUUUUAUAUCCCCCCUAUGCUACCUAGUGCACACCAGAGAGUCAGAGCUCUAUGUCUAGGUAGGCAGACACUUUGACGUUGUUAGAGGGUAGAGGUACGAAGAACGCGACACAUAGCUGGUAUAGUAAAGAGGGAAUACGUGUGAAUGAGUUCAAUAUAUUCCUGGAUGGUUGAUCAGUCUAGAGGUAGUCUCACCUUGCCGCUUGUUGAUGAUCGAGUGAUAAUGUAUUAGGAGGGCCUCUGGGAAGAGGUUGAAGCCCAGGAAAUCUAUUACAUACAUACCUACCUUACAGCAACGGAAUACGC